AUGUCGUCCCAUCUCUCCGCGAGACUGGUUCUCACCCAGAGGUCUCUCCUUACGACCAAUGCACAUUUACUCCGUCGAACAAUCCAACGGAACCCACAUUACCUCCGAGCGAUCGCAAUCUCGGUCCCACAUAAUCGUCUCCUUUCCACUGAGACAUCACCUCAUGGCUCUAUCCCCUCCGGCCCACCUCCCGGUUUUAAUGCCAAACAAGCCCAGAAGCCACUUCCUCGCGAUAAGGCACCUGCAAAGACUUCCCAGGCAUCCGCUUCACAAUCGACCAAGUCUCUAGCUAAGGAAUCUGACGUAGUAUCGCCUAAUGGGAACUCGCAAGUCCCGGUAACCGUUGAAUCGAAGACUGAAGGUAUAUCUGCGAAAGAUGAGAAGAAGGAUGCUGAAAAGGAAAAGAAAAAAGAGGGCGAAAAACUCACGUUGUGGCAGAAGGUGAAGAAGGAGGCGAAUCACUAUUGGGAUGGAACAAAGCUAUUGGGUACUGAAAUCAAAAUUUCUACAAAGCUAGUCGUGAAAAUGGCUGCAGGGUACGAACUUUCAAGACGAGAGCACCGACAGUUGCAACGAACGGUUCAAGAUAUCGCCCGAUUGGUUCCCUUCUCGGUCUUCGUCAUUGUUCCUUUCGCCGAACUUCUCCUCCCCGUUGCGAUCAAACUCUUCCCGAAUAUGCUUCCUUCGACCUAUGAAGGCGAAAAGGAUAAGGAAAGAAAGAACAAAAUCCUCCGGGCAACACGUAAAGAUGUUUCCGAUUUCCUUCGUACAACUCUACAGGAAUCCGGUCUCCCUCUCUCUCUAGCCACAAGGGGAACCGAAGAAUUCACCGAAUUCUUUAGAAAGUUGAAGAGCAGCGGCGAGAAACCAACCCAUCAAGACGUUAUCAACGUCUGCAAGACCUUCAAGGACGAUUUAACUCUUGACAACUUGAGCCGUCCGCAGCUAGUGGCGAUGUGUAGGUAUAUGAACCUCAACGCCUUCGGAACCGACAUGAUGCUUCGUUACACAAUUCGUCAUCGUAUGAGACAGAUUAAACGCGACGAUAGAGCCAUCUUUGUCGAAGGUGUGAACAGCCUCAGCGUUCCAGAGUUACAAACAGCCUGCGCGAGCCGUGGUAUGAGAACACACGGUGUUAGCCCCUCGAGGUUAAGAGAGGAUUUGCAGACCUGGUUGGACUUGAGGCUGAAGCACGGUAUUCCAUCAGCUCUUUUGGUCCUUUCAAACGCCUAUGUCUACGCCGAGGGUAAAGGCGAUGAGAUUGAAAGCCAUUAUGACGCACUUACUGCUGUUCUAAGCGGUAUUCCUGAGGAACUUUACCACGAAGUUGAAUUGGAUUUGAUGAGUGGAGAAGGUGCCGCAACCAACAAGCAGAGAUUGGAGGUGCUGAAGGAACAACAGGAGUUGAUCGAGGAAGAGAAUACCCAGAGCGAGGAGAGCGGUGGUGGAAGAGUUAGCAAAAGACUUGAUCAGGAUAUCGAUGAGAAGCCUGAGCAGAAAGCUAAGGAGGAGGGAAGCGGAGCUGAAGCUGCCGAAGCUGCUAAGUCCAACGAAGAUCUAGCGGAUGCUACGGAAAGGCAUGAAGGUACCGAAGAAGGAAAAAAGGAGGAAGCCGAGAAGAAAUAA